GCUCGCCCGUUUACCCCUUACUGAUAAGCGACAUCGCACCCUCCCUACGCGCGCGUAUCUCGUUUCCCUUUGUGUACCCUGCUCCUCGUUCCCCAAACGGCUCCUUGUUAUAAAGUGGUGGAUGGCGCCGGCAGCUCGAGCGAAUCGCCCGAAUUCGUCAGCUCGCGGGUGACGCUGGCCGUCGGGCGUGAGCUCGCCGUCCGAUCCGGGCCGCGUUCGGAAGCAUCCCUCCACGAAGGACUCCCGAGACCCAACAAUUGAGUUUCGCGUCCGCCAAUUUGUCGAUCGACUUUAUGACGAUUUCUCAUGGUGGAUGAGGAAGAUUCCGCGCUUUUCUUUUCUUCCAAUUUAUUAUACGCCUCGGCGACCGAGCGUGAAAUUUGUCUGGGUGACGUCUCCUCGAAACACGUUAAUUGAAGAACAAAUUUGUUUUUCUCCUUUUGCCUACCAAGGUUACGAGAAGCUACGUUUUCAUCAUUCGUCGAUUAUCGAUUAUCUAGAUAUUUCUGUUGAAAAAAAAUCGAUUCUGGACUAAUUAAUCUGCGCUUCUUUGUGCGUGGAUAUUGCCUCAAAAAUAAUCGCGUUUCUCAUUUUGCGAUGCAAGAAAUGACGUUUUAUGGGCAAUACGCUUAAUAUUGUGAAAUCUUCUUGCUGUAAAAAAUCAGAAGAUAUAAUUAAGGUGUUGAGAGAGAGAGAGUUCAAGCGAAUGGACACAAUGUCUAGUUGUUCCUGUGAAACUGUUGCAUUGUUUCAGUCGACGACUGAUGGAUGCUGCAAGUUACUCACCACACGAUUCAGCGUUCUGACAUUAUUGCAUACUUUGCAUUUCGUGACGUAUGACAUAUGCCUCAGCUUAAUUGUUCAGUACGUCCGUACGUGCUUCUGUGAUGGAAAAUAAUUCCAUUCCAUGUUUCAUGACAUUUUCCGGAGCGCACGUACGCGGCGAUAUCGUAAUAGACUUAUUAGUCUCGCCGUUUGUUUUAUUACAUGCUUCUCAAUCAGUCAUUGUGAAAAUUAUGUAAAUUCAAUAAUUGUAUUUACUCAGGUAAAAAGUACUGCAACUUGCAUUGUUUCUCUAAUAUAUAUAAGCUAGCUAUUGUUUUCAAACGCGAAAUAAAAUUUGGACAUAACGUUCUGUUUUUUGCGACUGUUUAAAAAAAAGUUAAGCCGAGGGAUAAUGCCAGUUUUGCAAAAACUUUAAUGUCGAAGUGAUUCGAUUUAUUUGCUUUCUGUUUUUCGAUAUUUAAAUUGGCAAAAUUGAAUGGACAACUCUUCAUCUCGUAAACAUAAGCUUUUACCAUUGACGUCAUAAAAUACUUGCAAUGUAUUGCAUUCACGAUGAAUCUUCAAUGGUUACUGUUUACUUAGAUACACACACGCAUACACAUGAAGAUACACAUGUCAAAAAGCGCAUGAAUGAAAAUCAUACUGUUGCAAAAACGCUUGAAUCAUCUAAUUUUUCGCUAAAUUAUGCUACAUGCAUGUUUUAGGACAUUUCAUGGCAAUCGUUUUAAACAGCAAAUGUUUUCGUCACGAAAUGUCAUAAAAUCAAGUCAGUUCUCUCGUGAUAAAUACCGACGUGACUCGAUAUGACCUACUUUGUAUUCGUAUCGAAGCAACAUGCAUACAAUAUAAUACUUGAAAUAAUUAUAAAGUUAAAAACGUGAAAAUUUGCGAACGUAAACCAGAAAUUCAUACUGCAUUGAUAGCUUUCUGUCUACGUUAAAAAUGAAGCCACGAGGUUUACAUCGGUCGAUUAUCGAAUGAACCAUUCUUUGCUUAUAGUGGAUCGAUAAUACGUUGCAUAAAAUACGCACAUAAGAGCAUUUUAUCAAAUGUUUUGCACAAUGCGUACAAGUACCGUACAAGUCAGGCUACUGUGAAGUGAGAACUGAUUCGCGCUCGACGUGGUGGAUAAUGUCAAAGGAAAUGCCCGACAUUGCUGCUUCCCGAAAUUCCGUCAGACAAAAGCCCUUGAUAACGGUUUGGUGCUAUCUUAAUCGUUAAUCGCAAGUCCUGCUUUCGGAAAUUCCCCAAUCUUCAAUAAUGGUUUGCUCGAAAUUGUCGAAUCGCUUAUCAUUGUCCAGAUCUCAUAAUAAAAGUUGGAGUAAUUUGUACAGACUAACUGUUAAAGUCUGGCGAUUCAAAGGUUUAGAAUUAUAGGCCCUUGCGAGAGAGAAAGUCGACUUGCUUAAUAUUAUUUACGAAUUUUUUUAACAAUGUUUAACUGAAAAAUCAUAUAUGUAUAAUUCAAAAUAAGGAAGAUUUGUAUACAAUAUUCAAUUAUAACGUAUCCAUUGUUUUGUUCUAGAGCACGUAACAACUUAAAAUUAAAGUCAAAAUAGAUAGGAAUUGUAUUAUAAUUGUAUUAUAAUUUACGGUACGGUAAAGAUAAAAAUGCGGAAUAAUUUUCUUCACCUUUUAUGUAAUAUAAAAUAGGUGUCAUCAAACAUGCAGUAUGUGAUAACGUAAAAUUAAAAUAUCGAACAUUCAAAUUAAACUAAAAGGAUCAAUCAAUCGAUUCAAUUAAAAUGGCUGAAAAUACGAUUACGUUUUCGGUUAUUUGAAUAGCGCGACUUUAAAAACCGUUGUGGUAAAAUCCAAUUAUUUAGCUAUUUAUCGAUCCACAUGGAACUACCUUAAACGUAUUUAUAUAAGAGAAACCAAACUGUGUUAAACCAUAAUGAUUCCAUUCUAAAUUUGACAUGAAACUACAUACACGUACAGAUACACAUAUACACACACCAGGGAGAGAUGGAGAGUACCUAAAAAAAAACUAUUGAUAUAAAAGAAAUUAAAUUAUAAGCAUCUUUUAUCUGUUCCGUUGCAUAUUGUUUCUAUAGAUCAAAUUAUCGUGAAAUUUUAUUUUUCGAAAACUCUCUUUUAGAAGACUAUUUUUCAGUUUUGAUGAAACAACGCUUGGAUUCUUUUAUAUAAAUCAGGAGCGGAGGAGUGGUACACAAACCACACAUUUUUCUCAUUUUAUAGAAAAACGAACAAGAAACGAAGGCAUUUAUGUAAAUCCUAAAGAUUCAGUUACUUUAAAGAGAAAAACUGUUGAGAAAAAAUUACCACUUCACAUUACAGCCAAUGUAAAAAUAUGUAAAUACACACUUUCAAGUUGCCGUGAAGAAAUAUCCUUAUCUAUGUAUUCUCUCACGCUAUUUCAUUCAACAGUAUCAUUAAAUUAUUUGAAAUAGCACGUCAUCUGUGAAAUCCAAGCAAAUCAAAGCCGAACAGUCGUAAUUGUGAAGAAUUCGCGUAACGACGUUAAAUGUCGACCGUUCGGCUUUAAGUGCUCGUUGAAAUAUUACUGGACACGCGCGUGGAAAAUCGCGUGGCAUUAGCAUUAUCCGACGACACGAUCGACCUCGAAAAUAGGCCUCUUGUCUCAAAACGUCUCGAAAUAAUAUAGCGUGCGUGCGGCAGGGUAACGCGCGCUUUCAUUCUGAUCGAUACAGUAACACCUCCCAGCAACAGGGCAGACUGCCACAAGUAGUUACGGUUGGCCGAGAGACCACCGUUCUUCCAGCUGCUGCUGGAUAAAUCCGUUCGCUGUCGUCUCAUCGUCGCGUUGUUAUCAUUCUCAUCAACAUCGAACGCAAUCCCUGAUUUCCAUCCCCCGGUCUUCACCCGAUAUUCGAGAUGCCAGGCACCGACUUCUAUCAUUCCGUAACGACGUGCGAACAGCUCGCGGUACAACAACGGUUUGAAUGGAAUUGAAUUGAAAGAAACAUGAAGUCCUUCAAUAUAUAAAAACCGUCCCAGAUUUUUCGUGCUUUGUGUCAUGUAUUAAAUCCGUAACCUCAUUCAAAAUAGCUUUUUUUCGCAGACAUGUUGAAACAGUAACGCUCUUGCAGCUGUAAAUUAUCAAAACCGAUGUUUCUUAAGAAUUCAGCGUGAAUUAUCGGAUUGCGAAGGGAGGAAAUUUUGGAUUUUAAAUGAGAUCUAUCUUGACGUAACUUGAGAUUUAGUCGCACGUACGCGACACACCCUGUACAUGGUCUAAUAUGUAGGUCUGUGGGUUGUUGGGGCAGACAGGCAGCACUCAGAGUUAACUUGACAUACUCGAUGCUGAUAGAACAUCACACAUAGAAUAUGUAUAAUAAUAUAUCAUCAUGAAAUAUGCAGAAUAUGCCUCAUGAUUUUCUAUCUUAAGAGUCUUGAUUAAUUUUUCCAUCGCGCCAUAAUUCCCUGACACGUUUAAAUAUUUGCAGAAGUGGUAAAUGAUGAAACUGCUAGUAGCAGAAUAGCAUAAAUAAAUAAUGUUUGUACUCAAUAACGAUGUUUUAAAUAAAACUAAUCUGACAAUCAAAUCUGUCGUAGGAAAUUCAAAUUAAUACAAAAUAUCAAUGCAAUAUUUUACAAAUGCAUAAAGCCUGAUAUGUAGAAAUAUAUUAGGAGAUAUUCGCGUUCAAUUCUGAAUGAAAAAGUUGGUUUUUCGAACUUUUGUAUCAUGAUUCGCAUUGCUGUCGUAUAGAUAAUUAAUUAAUUAAUUAAUUACAAAAUCAAAGUAUGUCAAGAAACGUCUCACGAUGCUUGCUGUCCCAGAAUAACAUUUCGCGUGAGCACGAUACGGCGAUUUGUCGCGUCUCUCAUGAUUGCAUAUUGCAUUUCGAUUGCCAAAACACACGAACGGUGAUUUCACGAUUUACAGACGCGACACUGGCGCAGAUGCACAUGAGUGUGCAACUGAUUGCACCGCAGUACGUAACGCUCGGUAGUACGGCCAUCCUGUUCUGCAACCAUACGGUCUCGGACGACUUGCUGCACAAAAUAGAAUUUAUGAAAGGCGAGAAGAGGAUAUUCCAGUACAUAAAGGAGAGAAAGCCGCCGUAUAUCGAAUCGGGUGUCGACGGCGCCAAACUGCAGUAUUCGAAGAAUGGCACGACAAUCAAAUUGCACAAUGUGCGUUUCGAAGCAUCCGGUUCUUAUACCUGCGGGGUCGCUAUGACAACGCCCAUUUAUACUGCGGGCGCCGAACCCGUACAGAUGAAAGUGAUAGUUCCACAAGAUGAAGAUCCUGUCAUUACGUUUGAAAAGAGCAUGUACCUGGUUGGCGAGAGUUUGGAGGCCAACUGUAGCUCCUCGAUCGCACAUCCAGUUCCUUACAUAACGUGGUUUAUAAACGGAAAAGAGGUGGAUAUUAGUUUAGUGAAUCAUUAUCCACACACGCAUUAUAAGGACGGUCUGAUGUCCGCCACCGCCAGGUUGAAAGUGGAGGUCUCCGAGUUGCACGCCGGGCAAAACGGACAUUUGGAGAUCGGUUGUCGGGCAACGAUACCAGAUUUUCCCACAUACCACGAGCAGUUUGCCGAUAUUAGGAAAGCGAAAGUGUUGGUGCAAAUCAUAUCAGCGCCGGACGUGACGUCUUCCGCGGCGAUUCUCGUACAAGAGCUAACGCUAUCUAUGAUACUGUGCAUACUGAGCGCAAUGCACGAGUUCAUUCCUUAAUAAAAGUCAAUUGCUCUAGGAUAAUUCGGCUGUAACAUACGUAAUCGUAAGGAUAUUAAGACGAAACGAUGAACAUAAGAUCGAACAAUCACAAUGUCUUCCUUCGAUAUAUCGAAAUACACGGGGGCAGCGGUUUUAUUGUCUUUGCAGAAGUUUUGUAAACUCAUAGACGCGGCUUCUUCGUGCGCAACUAUUUUCGAUUAUUGCUUAUAAAGAGCGUCGUUUGUCUCGCGAAACAUAUCAAUUCCUAUGAGAAGCAAUGUCCACAUAUCUGACAAGCUGCGUAUCGGAAAGCUGUCUCUCUUUCUUGCAAACGGACAUAUUUCAAUCAUAUGUAGAGUAUAUUACAUAUUCUAAAUUUUUUUAAGAAUAUUGGAACACGUGAAAUAUAAAAAUGAGAGACUUUGCGAUGUACUUUGCCAAAAAACGCUUGAGUACAUAAUAUAAAAUAAUAUAUAUAAAAUUGUUGAAUUAGAAUUUCUCUUGAAGAACAUCUUUCUCUUGAAGAAAUGAGAUUUAUUUAAAUUUAAAAUAGAAAAUACACCUCCUCAUCGUUAAAUGCAUGAAGAUUCGAGUUCUACAUUAAUAUUGAAAUGCCAUAAAGAUUCGUAUAUUUUAGUCCGAAAAACGAUACAGUUUUCCGAUAUGAGUAAUAUAACAUUUCAUCUAAUCCCGCCUCGCCGCUUGGGAGUACGAUGUUUUUCAAGCUACCGAAUAUGUUCUUGUUAUUGCGCGCACAUUUUUAUAAUGGCCAUACGAAAGAUUUAUGAAUAAAAAAAGAAUUGCUUAGAUUAGAAUUGAUCCGGUUUCAUAGAUUUUUUCAUUAAAAAUAUUCUCUUAGCUUAGUUCUUCGCAGUAAAAGUAGAGCCACGUUUAAUAUUACUCGCAAAUACGCGCGAAGUAAUUUUAUUCUUUACGCCCCGUUUCACGAUAUCUCGACGAAAUCAAUUAUCCGACAAUAAUUUACAAAAGCCUCAAUCUUCCCGCGUAAAAAAAAUAGAACAUAGAUUAGAUGAAUUUUCAUCGUCAUUUUUCACCGUUUAUUCAUGAAGCUUGACACUUCAUCGAUAACACAUUACAUGCGAGAAAUUCAAAGCAAGAAUGGCGUAUCUGAAACAUGGUGACACUUAACAUUAACAAGUACUAAUAUUAAAAUACUUUUGAACUAUUUUCCAUACUUAAAUAAGUUAUUAUUUAAUACGUUAUAUUAACGACGCAACGAGUUACGACCAUAGGAAUACUUCCGCCGUUAUUGCUUUGUUUCUUGCUAUAUUUCAUGUACUGUGAAUACUGGGGGAAUAUAUAAAUGAAACGGGACGUAUGACACGCAGUGUUACAUUACGAUACUUCCUUCUCGGUGUGUAUGUUAUUAAUGAGGCAAGCUUGAAAAACACUGCAGCAAGCAAUGGCGGACUGGCAUAUUUAGAGAGCUGCGAGAAACUAGAGAUAACUAGAGGCACUCGAGUCAGAGUCUGGUCAAAUGUGACACUCAAGUUGAUCGUUGUCAUAUCCAACGAUUAAGAGAUACAAUAUUACAUGAUCUCCUUUUACUUUUAAUUUACUCGUACGGUGUAACCCGGCCGGGCUGCUAUUAUUUGCUCUUUCGUUUCUUCGAGAAACGAUGCGUCACAUUAAUCUUGUUGGGGGCCGAUCCGAACUAGCAAACUCUGGCCAAAGUCUGACUCGACUAUCUGUAGGAGUAGCAAUUACGGCCGUCGUGCUUACGGCCAAACUUUUUGAAGUACUAUCAGGCGCGUUACUCGCCGAUACGACGCGACAUGCGAAGGACUUGAUGCUAAGGGCUUGAUGCGAUACCAUCUCAACUGUGUCAACGAGCAACGGUUUGCCAUGAUAGGGGAUUACCUUCGUCUGUGUUUACAGCUCCUCGCUGGAAAUAUUGAUACUAUUUUCUCUGCUAUUGGUAAUAACUUUAAACAGCCUUUAAUAUAUUGGCUAUAAAUGUAAGAAGAAAAUUUUUUAUAAUCGUUUGAUGUAGCUGUGCGAUUAAGCUGCGUCUGCGGAACGCGCCUGGGAAUCACGAAGGAUUAUCUCGACGAGUGUUAUACUAGAGUGAGCGCGAAAGGUGCUUUCCAAGGCUUUAGCGUACUAAAAUGUUGAAUUAAGAUAAUCGGGAAAAGCGAUAAAGCAAAGGAAGCAAAAGGAGUAGUCUAUCUAGAGAGAUGGAUAGCGCUUUAGAUCGAGUCUUACAAUACACGUAAACCCGUAGUCGAAUUACGACUAGGUGUACGCGCAAGAUUGAAUAUACUUUCUGUUACGAUUAAUAAGAAAAUAAGAAGGCAGACUGCGUAAUGAUAACGUAAUUGUCAUCGUAGUUAGAGAGGAAGAAACGCUAGGGAACAACAUUGACUAGGUAGUGCUUUAUAGACUAAAAGAGUAUAUUUAUGAUUAACGAAUUUUUAAUGCGUAUUUCUCAGACUGCAACUAUUUGCUAAAAUUGAGCAAAAUAACAUACAGUCGCGCGCUAACUUUUACACGCUUUCAAACUUGCAACAAAUGUACACUACUUUAGAAUUACUUUUUUUUACAUUUACAACGUAAGCAAGCAUCGAUUGUCGAAGCAGAGUUUGAAAGCUUAGUAACGAUAUUUUAAUUAAGAAGUGCCUUCCUUCAUAUUGUCUGUGCAAAUUAGAAAGCAUCUCAAGUAGAUUUUAGUCCGCCUGGCGGCACUCUUUGCUUGGAAAGCGAAAUCACGACAUUAAAAAUGGAGAAGAGGAGUCGCUUUUUAACGAUUUCUCCUAUUCUCUGUCUCUCUCUCUCGCUCUUUCUCUUUCCAAAAUUAUUCUCAUUCAUAUUAGCGUUCACUCUAGUGUCGAAAACUCGAAACUGAAAUAGUUCGAAUUUAUAGGUCGCUAUUUCACGCUGCACUUUUUACGUAUAAAAUUAAGUAAAAGAAUUCUGCCAUUCUCAAUUAUUCUCAUUCUAUCGUAAAUAUAAUAUUUUCCAUGUACAUUCUUACAUGCAAAGUAUUAUAUUUUUACACUGCUAUAAAUAAAGUUCAUUCGAAUUUUCUCAAAUCAUUACUUGAUCAUGCAUAACAAAUUCCAUAGAGAGUUUCCGAGAACGAUGCGUUUAAUUUUACCUCAAGUGCGAGAAACAAAGGGAAGGAUAGUAAGAAGUGCAGCUGGAAAGAGCAGACCUCCUGGUAUACAUGGAGAAGCGGAAAACAAAAGUCGACGGAGCGUAGCACAGAAAAUGGAGGAUCCCGCAAAACUUUUACGGCGGCUCGCACGCGAGCCACGAUGCUCGUUGUAUCGGUCGUUCUAAUAUCGUGUAUCUGCCCGAUUUCCCUGGUGACCGGCAGUGAGGUGAGAACAACGCCAAACGAGUCCACGGCCGACCAAGUGAGCUGGCGUAUCGUCGGCGGGGAGAUCACAAGCAUCAAGAAUUAUCCGUUCCUCGUACGCGUGCGACGCGCCCAUUAUAGCCCCCUUUACCUUCGACCUUUAAGGGAUGUCAGUACCCUCUCACGCAAUGCGUACCGCCCACGCUUAACGUGGUAGGUUCUGCGUAGGCGCGUAACGUGAUAUAAUUCUGACGCGAAAAAGGAAAUAUGUGAAGUCACCGGCCGGGGGCAAAUCGCGGACGUUUUGUUAUGCGAUAUCAGCUUGAAAACUGACGUGACAAAAGGUUCGGCGAUACCCGCGAGUGGGGUGACAUUUUCUGAAUAGUGCUUUUUUCAGUGUUCUGAAAACGACACUUUUCAGAUCGUUUGAGUAUUUUAUCAACGAGGCUCGUAAAAUGAUGUAACGAAUGUGAAAAUCUUGUAUUUAGUAAUUAUGUCUGUAUGUAUGUUCAUGUGUGUGUAUGUACGUAUGUCUGUAUGUAUGUAUAUGUGUUUUAAAUAUUAUUCUCUUAAUUCAACCGUGAUUAAUUCCAGUCUAUUUUAUUUUAAAACUUCUAUUGCUAUUGUACUUUAUAUAGUCAAGUUGAUGGAUAUUGAUUGUGUGUUGACAUGUAAUCAAUAUCCAAGUAAGUACACAAAAGUUAACAAACGUAAUCAAUUCCAAAUAAUUAAGUAUUAUCUUGAAAGAUGUGAAUUUUACAUUGUAAAAAAGACUUAUAAAAAUUGCAUUUUACUGUCUGAUGAGAAACAGAAGGUGAUUAAAUCAAGAAUUAAACUUUGUUAAAUGAUUCGCUAUUAAUACUUGACAUUUUAUUAAAAAUAAUAGAAGACGUAAUAAAGCAGAGUAAUCGAAUAA